AUGGCGAAGUUGAGUUUGAUGCUUUUUGUUUGCCUUUUAACAGCUCAUCAGAUUGCAGCUAGGGUUUUUCCAGGCGACGCUACCACUGCAGACCAGAAGAACUUCGCCUCUUUCGGAGGCCUAGGCGGCUACUCCGGCAUCGGCGGGGGCGGCCUUCCCUUCGGAGGCGUCGGUGGCGGGAUAGGCUCGGGAUUAGGUGGCGGCAUUGGCGGUGGCAUCGGCACUCUGCCAGCUGGUGGCCUUGGAGUUGGAGGCAUUGGAGGCGGAAUCGGCAACCUUGGCGGAGUUGGGGCUGGAGUCGGUGGCGGUGGUGGAGAUGGUGCCGGCGUUUUGCCGUACCCUUGA